AUGGAUCCAAGCGAGGUGAACGCUUCGGUGGAAAAUGUCUCCGAUGAUGUAAACGGCACGGACGCGGAGCUCGAAUGGCCCCACACUGCGCCAGCGGCGGCGCUCAUAAUCUUGGUGGUCACCGCGAUCAUCUCCGUGACUAUCGUGGGGAAUGUGUUGGUGAUCGUGGCAGUGUUGACCAGUCGGGCUCUGCGCGCCCCUCAGAACCUCUUCUUGGUCUCCCUGGCGUCGGCGGACAUCCUGGUGGCCACCCUGGUCAUCCCAUUCUCGCUGGUGAACGAGGUGAUGGGCUACUGGUACUUUGGAAGCACUUGGUGCGCAUUUUACCUGGCGCUUGAUGUGUUGUUCUGCACCUCCUCUAUCGUGCACCUGUGCGCCAUCAGUUUGGACCGCUACUGGUCCGUCACCAAGGCUGUGAGCUACAACCUGAAGAGGACUCCAAAGCGCAUCAAGUCCAUGAUCGCGCUAGUGUGGGUGAUCUCGGCGAUCAUUUCCUUCCCUCCUCUCCUCAUGACCAAGCACGACGAGCGUGAGUGUCUCAUCAACGACGAGACGUGGUACAUUCUCUCCUCCUGCGUGGUGUCCUUCUUUGCGCCGGGUCUCAUCAUGAUCCUGGUCUACUGUAAGAUCUACAAGGUGGCCAAGCAGCGCUCCUCCACGGUUUUCGUGGCCAAAAACGGACUGGAAAGGCAGCCCUCUCAGUCAGAAACCUGCUUCGUCCGGAAGGAUCGUUUUGACAUGGAGAGCCCCAGCAGCCAAAGUUCGGGCAGCCACCCGCAGAGGCAAGGCGAGCUCGACGACAUCGACCUGGAGGAGAGCUGCUGUCCUUCCGACGUCAAACCACGCAACAACCACUUCAGCAGACGGGGAAAGGUGGAAGGUUCGGAGACCUGCUCGUCACACAAUUGUCGCAUUUCCUGGGCUUCGUCCCGCGCGUCUCAGCUCUACUCCGAACAGCAAGUUCCGACCGGGCGCCAACACGCCGCCGCCGUAAACAAGAACAAAGUGGCCCAGAUGCGGGAGAAGCGCUUCACCUUCGUCCUGGCCGUGGUGAUGGGGGUGUUUGUGCUCUGCUGGUUCCCGUUCUUUUUCACCUACAGCCUGCACGCUAUCUGCAGGGACAGCUGCUAUAUCCCUGGCACGCUUUUCAAUCUUUUCUUUUGGAUUGGCUACUGCAACAGCUCUGUCAACCCCAUCAUUUACACGAUUUUCAACAGGGAUUUCAGGAAAGCCUUCAAGAAAAUCAUUUGGCCGACCCCGAAGCGCACGUAA